AUGUCAGAUGAAGAAGUUUCUAAGUUUAAAAUAAACUUUUUCAACCUUUUUCAACCAUCAUUUUCCCAAAUGAUCAACUCGGAUGCUUGGACGCGCGGCAUGCUCUUCCUGACGCUUGCGUUGAUGGGCAUUCCGGGCAACGGUGCUGUCAUCUAUGCUUUCCUCUCGGCGAUGUGUCACGAGGGUCAUCUCUUACCUGCCGAUGCCAUCGUGCUGCACCUGGCAUCUGUCAACCUUACGGUGGUGGGCGUGCGCUGCCUGCUGGAGGUUCUCGCCACUUUCGAGAUCUACAACGUGUUCAAUGAUGUCGGUUGCAAAGCCGUCAUCUUCAUAUACCGCACUUCCAGAUCUUUGUCCAUCUGGUUGACGUUUGUUCUGAGUGCAUAUCAGUGCUUGAGCAUGGCUCCGCCCGGGUCACGCUGGGCUAACGCCCGUGUUCUGGUAGCCCGAUACUUGGGGGCCAUUUUCCUGGCAUUAUGGUUGAUCAACACCUCCAUGAGCGUCGCUCCCCUCAUGUUUGCCAUAGGUGCCAAGAAUGACUCCAAACUCAUACAGAACGGAAUCAACGUGGAGUUUUGCUUCCUGGCCUUUCCGUCCAAGUUCUCUCGGGAUGCCAACGGCGGCGCCCAGGUCGGAAGAGAUGUGGUGCCCAUGGCGUUAAUGGCAAUGGCCAGCCUCAUCAUUCUGGUCUUCUUAUAUCGCCACAGCCAGCAGGUGAAAGGUUUACGAAGCGGCGGAGCGGUCACGGCCGGCAGGCAGGGCCAGUCUGCUGAACGGCGGGCGGCCAUCACCGUGGUCACCUUGGUAACGCUGUACGUGUUGUUUUACGGGGUAGAUAACGGGCUGUGGGUUUACACGCUGACAGUUCAGCAGACUAUGGGCUCAUCGCUGAUCUCGGACCUAAGAAUUUUCUUUGCGUCUUUGUAUGCGGCUGUAAGUCCCAUCAUCGUCAUCAUCUCCAACAGGAAGGUGAACGGACAGCUGGCGUGUGGGAACCGGCCGAAAACACUUUCUGACCCCAUACAGCCCAAAGUCUAAUGCAUCACAGUUUAUCGUGAACUAAGAGUAAAAGACAAACGUGUGUCUGUUAUAAUGAAUAAAUGUCUCACAAACAACAUGUUGAAUUUAUUAGCAAAUUUCUUUUCAUUGAUCUUUGACAAGGUGUGAGCUAUGUUAUAUAUUCCUUGAAAAUUCUUUAAGAUGUUAGUUUUCUGCUUUUUUUGUGUUUUUUUGUCAGCUCUCCACACAGUUGUCCUGCAG